GGGAAAAGUGCAGAGGCUAUUGCUGCCAAUCAGGCUGCAAAGCUGUCACAGACCGUGGCUUUGGACAAGCCAGAAGAGGAAUCAGCCCUUGUCCCUGAAGGAUCUGAAGGAGAAACUGAGGAACACCGCCCUUGCCCUGAUAUGGCUGCAGGGGCUCUGUCAGACAAGCAUUUUGCUGUCUCAGAAGCAUGUGUUGACCGUGCAAGGCAGAGUUUUCGAGAGGCUGGAAAUAAAAACUGGCAAGAGCAUGGUCACAUUCAAGGCUCCGCAAAUGCACUUGUGGAGCUUCCUCAAGAUGAGGAGGAUGACGACGAUUCAGACGAAGAGGAGGAAACUGUAUGCGAAGCCGGCUUGUGUCAUGAAAGAGAUAUUGAGCCUUGUUUGGUCAUAUACAACAAAUUGCAUGAGCAAGUGAAGAAUGUGCUGCGAUACAUGAGGGAUUGCAGAAGGAAAUUUGGCUUCACUGCAAACCAUGUUGUCCUACUGUGGUAUCAUGCAAACAGUGACGUUGGAUUCGAGGAUGAGUUCAAGGUUGUGAUGCUGACCAGACUGAUGUUCAAACCGUUUGAUUGUACUGCCAUACAACUGGGCAGGUGUAGCCAUGAUGCUUCGUUGGCACGUAUCAACGUGAACGAUGCAGUGGGCAUCCUUGAGUUUCUCUCCUUGCCCCAAAUGCUGCACAAGUAUUCCAAGUUGGGGGAUGACAUUUCCUUCAAAAUGGCUUCGUACAAAGCA